AGGGGGGAGACUUCAAGAACCAAUAAAUAACAAAAGAGAGGGAAACAAAUACCGUAAACAUUUGUCUAUUAAAAAAAAAAAAACUGCAAAUAUUUGUGGUUUCUCUAAGGAACCCAACAAAUGGCGGCAUCGGAAUCAACUCCUACAAGAGAAGAAGAAGAAGGAGAGCAACUGGAAGAAGACCGUUUUGUCUCUUCGCAUCACCCUUCCGCACCGCCCGAUGAGUUAUUUGAUAUUUCCACAACUGUUGAUCCGAGUUAUGUAAUUUCAUUGAUAAGGAAACUUCUUCCAGUUGAACCGAAGAACGUUGAUAAUACUGAAAUUCGGGGAUCAAAUUGUAAUAAUGAAGUUGUAAAUUCAUCAAAUGAUAGUUGUAAAAGCAUGGGUAUUGUUGAUGAUCCUACUAAAUCUGAUUUUCGAGGGGAAGGUGAUGAAGAUUCGCAUAAGGAGGAAAAUGCUUGUUUAUCAGCUGGGGAAGAGGUCUGGGAGGAGUGUGGUUGUGUUCUGUGGGAUCUUGCUGCAAACCAAACUCAUGCUGAGCUCAUGGUGCAAAAUUUUGUACUUGAAGUUCUUUUAGCAAACCUUAUGGUUACCCAAUCCGUUCGUGUAACUGAGAUUUGUCUCGGAAUUAUGGGAAAUUUAGCUUGCCAUGAAGUUCCCUUGAAGCAUAUAGUCUCUUCAAACGGACUAAUUGCUGUGAUAGUAGAUCAGUUGUUUUUAGAUGACACCCAAUGUCUAUGUGAAGCUUUCCGGCUGUUAAGUUCUGGUCUUCAAGGUGGUGAAUGCAUAAAAUGGGCAGAAGCAUUGCAGUUUGAACACAUUUUAAGCCGCAUUUUAUGGGUCAUGGAAAACACGUUAAAUCCACAGCUUAUUGAAAAGAGUGUUGGACUUCUAUUGUCCAUGAUAGAAAGUCAGAGGGAAGUUGAGCAUAUUCUUCUCUCGCCUUUGAUGAAACUUGGUUUAGCAAGCGUACUGGUUAAUCUUUUAACUUUUGAGAUGAGCAAACUUACAAAUGACAGAAUACCUGAAAGGUACCCUGUUCUUGAUGUUAUUCUUCGUGCACUUGAAGCCCUCUGUGUUAUAGAUGUAUGUUCUCAGGAAAUCUGCUCAAAUAAAGAAAUUUUCCAACUAGUCUGUGACUUGAUCAAAUUUCCUGAUAAAGUUGAGGUCUCUACCUCCUGUGUGACUGCUGGACUUUUAAUUGCAAAUAUUCUGUCUGAUGUUCCUGAUCUAGCUUCAAGCAUAUCACAAGAUUUGCCUUUCUUGCAGGGACUGUUUGAUAUUUUCCCAUUUACUUCAGAUGAUUCUGAAGCACGAUGUGCACUAUGGAAUGUUAUUGCAAGGUUCCUAGUUCGAGUGCGAGAAGAUGAGAUGAGUGCUUCUAAUCUACGCCAAUAUGUGUUUAUUCUAUUGAGCAAAUCUGAUGUGAUAGAAGAUGAUCUUUUUGAUCACCAAUUUGAUGAGAAAAAGGAAAAUGAGAGCUUGGCCACCUCUGGCAGAAAAUCAGAUGCCCGAACUCUUGCUCUUAGAAGGAUAACCAGCAUAUUGAACAAGUGGAAUGCUUUAAAGGAUUUUUGUGAGAAGGAUAUGAUGGAGGAUUACGCAACUAAUGAAAAAAUUGGUAGAUUGUUGGAUAUCUGUCAUGGACACAACAUAUCUGGUACUUCUGAAUAAUCUUUCUUGGGGCAACAUUACUGAACAUACAAGUCCAUGAAUCAUUCAUUCAACUUACUCAUAUAGAGGUGAAUAGAAACUUUAAUGGGAUCCUUUCUUAUCUUUUGAAGCUUUGGACAUAAUUCAUCAUCCAAUUAAGAGAUGCUUUAUGAGCUUCUGAUGGGUGGAAUCCAUCCCAGAAAACAUAUUCAGAUGCAUUUGCGCAUGUCCCAAUGGAUUUGGGAUUGCACAAUAUUGAUGUUUCCAACAAUCCGGUUCCACAACAAGCUUUUCUUGCUUCUGCAAAACCUGUUCAAACAUUGCUUCAACUAUCAGUGCCUUGCCUGCAAAUUGAACUAUUAGUUUCUAUAAAUACUAAAGAAAUGAUGAUGUACCGUUGUCAGCAGGUUUAGUGACAAGAUUAUAGAGAGAUUGGUAGAUGUCAAAGACCACCAAUUUAAGGUUGGGGAGCUUUGUCUGUAACCUUUGAGAUGUUGCAUUGAGCUUGUUGUUGAAUGAAACUGCUUCCGUAUUUAACUUAGCCACACACUCGUUGCUAUCUGACCCGAAAACUGUUAUGGCUGCUGGUAAGCAUCCCAACGGUGGCAAUGUCGUCACUCCAAUUUUCCUUGCUCCGAGCUUGUACAAAUUCUGUCACACAACUUUUCAACUUUAACCAAGUUGUAAUCACAUGUUUGAAAACCCCUUAUUUUGAGCUUUUUGAGGGCUUGAUUUAGUCAUCUCUGAAUUCAUUGUGCUUUUAAACAUAUGUGCAACAAUGGGAGUCUUUCUUUAGGGUUAGAUUAUUUUAGAUUUCUAUGUUUUGAAGAUUUUUGGACGUAACAGAGAGAAACCUGAAUGAAGUUAGCAUAUGAUUCAAUGAGAACAUCCGAGAAUUGAUCAGGUGUAUAGGACUUGUAUAAAAGAGGAUUAAUGUAAUAGUUUUGAAGAAAA